CCAGCUCUCUCUGCCCUCCAGAGUUUCUGCUGCACCCUCCCGUCCUCUCCCAUCUCUGUCUCCCUGGCCCAUCCCGAACACCAGGGUGGGGGCCAGGCUGCGCUCCCAGCAUGCUGGAGAGACAGAGGUCCUUUGAGGCAUUGCAGCAGGCACACAGCGCCCCCUUGUCCCCCAACAAUCCGCCUUUGUCCUCCAGUCCUGGCUGCUGCAGCUUGGUCCUGGGGGUGCUGCCUGGGCUGGGCUCCAGCUCACACCCUCCCUAAAAGGAAAUGGGAGAAAGGACCAGCCAAAGAAGAGGGUUAAAGUUGGGGAAGGGGGACACAAAUGUCUUCAGGCUUAGGUCUCUGGGGGCUCCCAGUCCUGCCCCUGUUCCUCUACUCACAUCCCAGCUCCUCCCAGUUUCUUUUCGGACCUCCUCCUCUUCCCUCCCUUCUCUAUUCCAGGCUGGGUUGGGCUCUAAGCAAGGGGAGGGAUUAGAGCCUCCUCCCUCUCUGCCCCUCCCCAUGGGUCUCUAGGGGGCUGGUGCGGGCAGCAGCAGAGGCGCUCUGGGCAGCUGGGUGAAGGCCCAUCUUGGCAAGGCCCCCAGCGGCUGCCUUCUCUCGCGGGGCCCUGUGGGCAAGGCUCCUGCUUCACUUUCAGGUUGCUCGAAGUGCCUUCUUGCUCCUGUCUGUUUCCCCAUCCUGCCAGAUUUCUGUCUCUCUUGCUGGGCUUUUGGCAGUAGGGGCUGUGUUGGUGGGCCCCAUGAAGAUGCUCAGUGUUCGGGAUCGCCGGGACCGGCCCCCUGAGGAGGGGGUAGUUGCAGAGCUCCAGGGCUUCGCGGUGGACAAGGCCUUCUUCACCUCCCACAAAGGCAUCCUGCUGGAAACCGAGCUGGACUUCCUGCGCUGUGUCAGUGCCAUCAUCAUCUUCCUGGUGGUCUCCUUUGCAGCUGUGACCUCCCGGGAUGGAGCUGCCAUUGCUGCUUUUGUUUUUGGCAUCAUCCUGGUUUCCGUCUUUGCCUAUGAUGCAUUCAAGAUCUACCGGACUGAGAUGGCACCCAGGGCCAUCCAGGGGGACCAGCAGUGACUCUGGGGCUACCUGGCUUCUAGGCCUAGCCAGCCAGAGGGGACAGUAGAGCCCAGACACGUCUCCUUGGGAUUCACUAACCCCCAGCCCGCCAAACCCCACCCCAGCCUUACGGAGAUGUCCAGCCUGAGACGUCACUGGGGACUUAUCUGUGGAGCCUGGUGCUCCGGGAUCUGGCUCCUGAUGAAGCUCUGGCCAGAGGAGGGGAACUUAUGGGGGGAGGGAGGGUGGUGGGGAGGAAUCUGGGCCCCUAAGUCAUUCCCAAAUUAAAAUAUUCAAAUUCUA